AUGUAUUGUUCCUGCACAUGGCCUUUUCAGAGUGCUACUGAGGUGGUACCACACCACGCCACACCACGCCACACCGCGCCACACCGCGCCACACCGCACCACACCGCACCACACCGCACCACACCACGCCACACCACGCCACACCACGCCACACCACGCCGCACCACGCCGCACCUCGCCACACCGCACCACACCACGCCACACCAGGCCACACCGCACCACACCACGCCGCACCACACCACACCACGCCACACCACACCAUGCCACACCACGCCACACCACACCACGCCAGGCCACACCACGCCACACCACGCCACACCGCACCACACCGCACCACACAAUGCCACACCACACCACGCCACACCACGCCGCACCACGCCGCACCUCGCCACACCACACCACGCCACACCAUGCCACACCGCACCACGCCGCACCACACCAUGCCACACCACACCAUACCACACCACGCCACACCACGCCACGCCACACCACACCACACCACACCACGCCACACCAUGCCACACCACACCACGCCACGCCACGCCAUGCCAUGCCACACCACACCACGCCAUGCCACACCACGCCACACCACACCAUGCCACACCACACCAUGCCACACCACGCCACACCACACCAUGCCACACCACGCCACGUCACACCACACCAGGCCACACCACGCCACACCAUGCCACACCAGGCCACACCGCACCACACCACGCCACACCAUGCCACACCACGCCACACCAUGCCACACCACGCCACACCACACCAUGCCACGCCACACCACGCCAGACCAGGCCACACCAUGCCACACCACACCACGCCACGCCACACCACGUCAGACCAGGCCACACCAUGCCACACCACGCCACACCACACCAGGCCACACCAUCCCACACCACGCCACACCACACCAUGCCACACCACGCCACACCAGGCCACACCAUGCCACACCACGCCACACCACACCAGGCCACACCAUGCCACACCACACCAGGCCACACCACACCAGGCCACACCAUGCCACGCCAUACCACACCACACCAUGCCACACCAGGCCAUGUGCUUCUCUGCAUGUGUGUCCUCCAAGGAGCCAACAGCUCAGAGUUACAGAAGACCAGACAAACAAACACAGAAUAG